AUGCACUUCACUACUCUGCUUCCUCUCCUGACGCUGAGCUUUGGCGCCUCCGUCGUGGCCCCAGCUCCUGUCACAGAUGAUGGAGGCGCUAGUUGCGAUGUCAAGUGCCAGGUCGACCGAUGGCUCUUCCACACACCAAUUUCCGAGUUCUAUGCUCAGAUGCAAAAAGUAUGGUGGAAUCCUCCAUCGUCGUGGAAUGGCAUCGACUGGGUGCACAACUCCAAGUAUGUUCAGGACGACCAGUGCUCGGUGCCGCAAAAGUAUAUCGACCAGUUCAACAUCAAUGACAAGAAUAAGCCACGCGGCUACAACUUCCUGCAGUCGUGCUACCGCCACGACUUUGGUUACGCUAACUAUAGGAAGGAGGGUCGCUUCACGGAGGACAAUCGCGGCAAGAUUGAUGGGAACUUCCACGACGAUAUGAAGGAUGUGUGCAAUAAGGAGGGCAAUAUCAUCAAAAAGACGGAAUGUCUUGCUAUUGCUGAAGUAUACUACAGAGCUGUCAGGCUUGGGGGUGGAAAAUGA